AAUGUUUUUUCUUCCCCCAUUAAAACCCCCCUUCAUUUUCCUUUAAAGACACCUCUACUCCUCUCGCCCUUUCUAUCUAUGCCCUAUUAAAAUACCGCCUUCAGUUUACACUGCCUCUAGUUUUUUGCUACAACAAAAAAAUAUAUAUUUUUGCUUGAAAACAUAAAGAGGAAGAGAGACAUCAAGAAAUCCCCCUUUCAUCUGCUUCUCUCUUUCUCUAUACUCAAAGGGUAGUCAUGUUUGUGCUGUAAAAAUCCAAACUUUACCAUUUCUUUGCGAUUUGAGUGAUAAUCUUGGAUACCCAUUUUAUUUUCUUUGCUGUUGGAUGUUGUUUGUAUCUGAAAAAGGGUGUUUUUUUUAAAUGUUCAUUGUUGAAACCUCACUGUUUACUGGUAAAUCUUUAAGAUUCUCAGCAAUCUGGCUGGACUCAUUUGUUUGGGAGCUGUUGAAGGAAGGUUUCUUAGCAAAGGUUUUUGUUCCUUUCCAUCAUCAUGGAAGGGGAAACCUCUUGGGUCAGUCAUUGCCCUGAUUACGCUGCACCAGACAUGGUUGAUUUUGAUUCAUUUUUAGAGCUUAACGAUGAAGACAAUAGAGAAGCUUCCUCAGUUCAUGUGGAUUUAAUACUACCUGAUGAUUUAUUGGAACGAAUAUUGGCUUAUCUUCCAAUUGCUAGCAUUUUUAGGGCAAGUUGUGUGUGUAAAAGAUGGUAUGAGAUAGUGAAGUCCACAAGGUUCUUGUGGAACUUCUCUCAGGUGCUGUCUCAAAAACCAUGGUACUUUAUGUUCACUAGCUCAGAGGAACCAGUUGGUUAUGCCUAUGAUCCUUCCCUUCGAAAAUGGUAUAGUAUUGAACUCCCUUGCAUUCAGACAUCCAAUUGGUUCAUUGCUUCUUCAUGUGGAUUAGUUUGCGUAAUGGACAAUGACAGUAGAAGCGAGCUAUAUGUUUGUAACCCAAUAACCAAAUGCUGCAAGCGCCUUCAGGAGCCUCCUGGCCUUAAAUUUUCUGAUUAUAGUGCAUUGGCUAUCUGUGUGAACAAGAAAACUUCUUGUUACAGUGUCGUCGUUGUUAAAUCUAAGCAAGUACCAGGUAACUUCUUUCAGUGGGAUCUCUCGAUCCACAUAUACGACUCUGGAACAAUGAUGUGGUUGACCCCUUUGACUGAGGUUCUAACAGGUUGGAGAGGUGGGGAUGAAAGUGUCAUCUGUGAUGGUGUUUUGUACUUCUUGAUCUACUCAACUGGAGGUGGUGGGCCCGACAAUCGUCACGGUCUGAUCACUUACAACCUCUCAAGCAGAUCAUCUCAUGGUUUGUUGAUAAGGACUUUCAUUCCUGUGCCAUGUUCUCUAACGUGUGGCCGAUUAAUGAACCUCAAGGAAAAGUUAGUAAUGGUGGGAGGGAUUGGGAAACCAGAUCGGCCCGACAUAAUUAAGGGGAUUGGCAUAUGGAUACUCAAUGGGAAGGAAUGGCAAGAAAUUGCCCGUAUGCCGCAUAAGUAUUUCCAAGGCUUUGGGGAAUUUGACGAUGUUUUUGCAAGCAGUGGUACAGAUGACCUCAUAUACAUUCAGAGUUAUGGAGCCCCUGCCCUUCUUAUUUUUGAUGUGAAGCAGAAACAGUGGAGGUGGUCGCAGAAAUGUCCUGUGACAAAGAGGUUUCCCCUUCAGCUCUUUACUGGUUUCAGCUUCGAGCCAAGGCUCGAGAUAUCUCCCUGACUCUGCACUUCAAUUGAUGUGAUUGGUGCUCCUUAGAAUCCAUAUCUUUAUGUCCUUUCAUGUCUUUUGAUUUUGUACUCCUUUUGCUGUUCUUUUAUUCCCCGUUGUCCUCUCAAUACAAAGAUUUCUGUGUCCUUGAAAGGUUUAUACAUCAUGUACCAGCCGAUGAGGCUGCUAAUUUAUGAAAAUGAGAAUAUUAUUAAAUUCUUUUUGGCA